AUGAAUAACUUAACAGAGAAUUUCACACGGCAAAACUUCUCAGCUGAAGAAACUUUAGAGGAUCUUACGCUUGAUACAGAGACUAAAGUUAUUUUCACAUUCCUGGGUAUUACAGCUCUUUUAAUAACGGUAGCGAACAGCCUGGUGCUUGUCUUAGCGUGGAAUAUGAAAUUUUUGCGUACAAAAACCAACUUAUUUCUUCUGAGUUUGGCGGCAAGCGACCUACUGUCUGGAAUCUUAGUUAUUCCCCUGGUUAUUGCAUGUAAUUUGGUGUACGAUUCUAAUUCUGAACAGAUCUGUAUAGCUAUGGAUAUUUGUCAACGUGGACUGGCAAUCUCAACUAUUUUACAUCUGGCGUGUGCAGUCAUUGAGAGGUAUCUGAAAAUUUCCGCGCCUUUUAAGUACGUAUCUUUAGUUACAAGACCAAGAAUUCUUAAAGUGCUAUUUUCUGUUUGGAUAUCCGCCAUAUCUAUAUCCCUUGUGCAGUUGGUUUGGUUUGCUCCGAAAGAACAGGAGAGUGCAAACUCUCAAUAUCUUAUAUACAACGUGAUGGUUCUCUGCCUUUUUGUGUUUGUUCCGUUUAAAGUAACCCUAGUGGCGUUUAUUCGGAUAUUUAUCAUAAUGAAAAACAGCCAAGAGUGCCGUAAGAAAAUGAUAUACAGAACGCCUUCAAGUGUACAAAAGAGAACACGAAGUGUUAACGGAAAACGUUCCCUACUCAUUUACCUCACAAUGCUUAUCUGCUUUGUUCUCGCGUGGUUUCCAUAUUUUUUCUUGACAAUGUUUAUAGACAUGAACUCUUCCAUUGUCGAAGGUAUACCAGCUUGGAUAAAUGUGAUGUUCUUGUUUCUCAAAACCAGCUCCGCACUGUUCAACCCGCUGCUAUUUACAUAUUUCAAGGCAGAUUUCCAGAAAGCUCUCCGGAACAUCUCUAAUGGCUCAUGGAAGAACGCUUCUGUUACAUCUGCCAACAUCGCGAUUAUGAGGAAACGAACCAUGUCAAAUACAUUAACAACACAAGCGGGGAAAGAUACAGAGCAAAAAAGCAAGAGACCAUGA